CAUUUGGGACUCAAGAAGAAUCGAAAAAAAUCUUGAUUUCUCUCUCUCUCUAUCUCUCUAUCUCUCUCUACACAACAAUGGCUGCUUUCACUUGUACUUCCAGUCCGCCGAUUUCAAUCCGGUCAGAGAUGAGAAUCGCUUCCUCGCCGACGGGUUCCUUCUCUACUCGACAGAUGUUCUCUGUGUUACCUGAAUCCAGCGGAUUGAGGACUCGCGUUUCUCUCUCUUCGGUUUCGAAGAUUUCUAGGGUUUCCCGAUUACGACGAGGCGUUAUCUGCGAAGCUCAGGAAACUGCUACAGGAAUUCCAGUGGUCAACGAUUCAACAUGGGAGUCUCUAGUUCUCAAGGCUGAUGAGCCUGUGUUUGUCGACUUUUGGGCUCCAUGCCAGUAUGGUGUUAGAAGCAUCCCAACUAUCAUGAUCUUUGUCAAGGGUGAGAAGAAGGAUACAAUCAUCGGUGCAGUGUCUAAAACCAUUUUAGCAACCAGCAUCGACAAAUUCUUGAGAUUUAAAGUGAAAGUAGCACUGAUCAAGACUAUGAAGUGUGACAUUAAAUCUGAACCAGGGAUCACAUCACCCACUGGUUUCCUAUCAAAUCCAAAUGAGUUGACUAUUUCCAAAGACAAUGAUGAUGAAGCUGAGAUUAUGAAUCCAGGGAUUUUGUGUGCAGUAAGAGCAGGUGACAAAGUCUCCCUCCUGAAAAGGAUAAAAGAUGACGUAAAGGUCACUCAACGACUCGUAGACAAUCAAGGGAAUUCAAUACUUCAUAUUGCUGCUGCUUUGGGCCAUGUCCAUAUAGUGGAUUAUAUAAUCUCUGAAUUCCCAAAUCUUCUACAAAAAGUGAAUCUGAUGGGUGAGACAGCUCUUCAUGUUGCAGCCAGAGCAGGCAACUUCAAUAUUGUUGAGAUUCUUGUUCGAUCCAUUACAGAGUCUUCUUUGUACGAUGAUUUAAUUGAUGCUAAAAGCAAGAACGGAGAUACUGCACUACAUGCUGCGUUGAAAGGAAAACAUGUUGAGGUGGCUUUCUACCUAGUAAGUGUGAAGCAUGAUGUAUCAUUUGAUAAGAACAUUGAUGAAGUAUCUCCAUUAUAUCUGGCUGUAGAAGCUGGAUAUCGCGAGCUCGUGCUUAAAAUGCUUGAAUGUUCAUCUUCAUCCCCAUCUAAACUAGCUUCGAUGUUGAGUGGGAAAUCUGUUAUACAUGCAGCAAUGAAGGCCAAUAGAAGAGAUAUCCUUGGUAUUGUUCUUAGACAAGAUCCAGGACUUAUUGAAUUACGCAACGAAGAAGGAAGGACAUGUCUUUCCUAUGGAGCAUCAAUUGGAUCUUAUGAGGGAAUUCGUUAUAUACUAGCAGAGUUUGACAAAGCAGCUUCACACCUUUGUUAUCUCACUGAUGAUGAUGGCUUCACUCCAAUUCAUAUGGCAGCAAAGGAAGGACAAGUCAGAAUCAUUAAGGAGUUUCUUAAACACUGUCCUGACUCAAGAGAGCUACUUAACAGUCAAUGUCAGAAUAUUCUUCACGUUGCUGCCAAAGCUGGUAAGUCGAAAGUUGUUAAGUAUAUUUUAAAGCUUGAUGAAGGGAAAAGACUGAUGAAUGAACAAGAUGUCGAUGGAAAUACACCGUUACACCUAGCCUCCAAACACGGAUACCCGAUGGUUGUGAAUAUGCUUACAUGGAACGAUGGUAUUAACCUCACAACACUCAACAAUGACGGCUUUACUGCUCUAGAUAUUGCUGAGACAAUGAAGGACAAUAAUACUUACGUACUUUAUAAGAGAUUGAUUUGGAUGGCUUUGGUAUCUGCUGGAGCACCAAAUGGUCCGAACCCGAUUCCAUUGAAUAUGUCACAGAGUCGCAUACAGAGUCCAGAGAGAUACAAGGAUAGUGUCAAUACUCUUAUGGUGACUGCAACACUCGUAGCAACUGUGACCUUCGCUGCAGGUUUGACAUUACCCGGUGGUUACAUGAGUUCUGGUCCAGAUUUAGGCAUGGCUGCAUUGGUCAAUGAGUUGAAUUUUAAGGUAUUUCUGUUGUUCAACAACAUUGCAAUGUGCACUUCUGUGAUUACUAUAAUGGCUCUUAUUUGGGCACAACUGGGUGAUGCUCUUCUGACAAAGAAAGCUUUUCAACUGGCUUUACCACUUCUGUUAACGGCUAUUGUAUCAAUGAUGAUGGCAUCUGUGGCUGGAAUCACUCUUGUGGUGAGCGAUCUCCCAUGGCUUUCCCAUCUUGUAUUAGCCAUAGAUUCAGCCUUCUUGGUAGUCCUGAUGCUACUUAUCAUUCCUUAUGCUUUCUCGUCUACAAGACAAGGCUUUCUCAGACACAUCUUCUACUUUCCUUAUUUCCUGAUGCUUUUGGUUGUCAACGAAGAGAGCAACAACAUGGAUGGUUAAAGAAUGGCCUGUUCUGUUCUGUUUUGUAUCAAUGAUGAUGGAUGGUUAGUGUUCUUUUAUGAGUGAAAGUUUGUUUUUAACAGUUUUUGUAUCUCACAAGUUUGUAAUUGUGUUUUUACAAAGUAACCAAAGAUAAGCAACAACAAAAAUCGGUAGAGACC